AUGGCAGCAAACGCUGCUGCUGCUGCUGCUGCUGCUGCUGCUGAGGAUUCUGCUGCUGCUGUUGCUGCUUUGAAGGGGAGCAAUGCUGCUGCUGCAGCAGAUGAGAAAAGGGAAGCAGCAGCAGCAGCAGCAGCAGCAGAAGAGACAGAAGAAGAAGCAGCAGCAGCGCCGGAUACAGCGAAAGUAAAAGCAGCAGCAACAGCAGCAGCAGCAACAGCAGCAGCAGCAACAGCGGCGCCAGCAACAGCAGCAGAAACAGCAGCAGCAACAGCAGCAGCAGCAGCAGCAGCAGGAAUCCUGCCGCAGUAUGGAGGCAGCAGAGCAUAUCACCACUAUGUGCAUGCGAUAAAGGAUGCUGCUGCUGCCUUCGAGCCCCAGCAGCAGCAGCAGCAGCAACAGCAGCAGCAGCAGCAGCAGCAGCAGCAACAGCAGCAGCAGCAACUGCAGCUGUAUCGGUUGUAUACCGCUGCCCCUCAAACACGUUCUGUUCAAUGCAGCAACAGCAGCAGCAAAUGUUGCUGCUGCUGCUGCUGCGAUGAGCUUGACGCAGUAGCAGCAGCAGCAGCAGCAGCAGCAGCAGCAACAACUGGAGCUCGACCCCCAUCUGCAGCAGCAGCAGCAGCACCACCACCACCAUCACCACCACCAUCAUCACCACCACCACCACGACCACCAUCAGCAGCAGCACCAUCAGCAGCAGCACCACCAUCAGCAGCAGCAGCAGCAGCAGCAGCAGCAGCAGGAGUGUAUGCUGCUGCUGUAGAGAAUUGGGGUGUAUGCGGAGGUAGAGGAAACCGCUGCUUCUUGCUGCUCUCAUAUUUGGGCGAAUGCAACCACCAGCCUCUGGCUGGGGGCCUUCAUGCGCUGCGGCAUCCGUGGGUGGUAUAUGUUCACUUCGCUUCAGUUCGUCUCUUCUCUAUAAACCCUAUUUAUACUCUACCCCAAAACCCUCAACACAACCAACCACAAACAGGGGGGCCCCCGGGGGGCCCCCCUCAACCAGCAGGGGGGCCCCCGGGGGGCCCCCAACACCAACCCGAACCAGGGGGGCCCCCGGGGGCCCCCCCACACCAACCAGGGGGGCCCCCGGGGGGCCCGCCACAGGAACCAGGGGGGCCCCAGGGGGCCCCCCCACAGGUACCAGGGGGGCCCCUGGGGGGCCCCCUACAGCAACCAGGGGGGCCCCUGGGGGGCCCCCUGGGGGGCCCCCUGGGGGGGCCCCUGGGGGGCCCCCCCCCUGUGCGUGUUGCUUUUGUGGGUUUGCGUGGGGUGUUUGCUGUUCCUGCUGCAUUUUUAUUUCCGCCAGCUUUGGUUGAGUUUACAGCAGCAGCAGCAGCAGCAACACAGCAGCAGCAGCAGCAGCAGCAGCAGCAGCAGCAGCAGCAGCAAAAGCAGCAGCAGAAGGGUGUGGUGCUGCAGUUGAAGGAACCUGUUGCUGCUGCUGUUUGCUGCAGCAGCAAGGAGAGGGCCCCCAUCAACUGCAGCAGAGAUAUCUCCCUACCUACCACUGGCACCGGUUUGUUUGCUCAAGCGGUCUCUUCUGGUUGUCUCCUUUUUUGGUUUGAGGGACAGCGAGAACCCAACUGUCUGCUAGUUGCUGCUGCUCCUGCUGCUGCUGCUGCUGCUGCUCCUGCUGCUGCUCCUGCUGCUGCUGCUGCUGCUGCUCCUGCUGCUGCUGCUGUUGAUGCUGCUGCUGCUGCUGCAGCAGAGACGCCGGCUCAACGCUCCUUGAAAGGAGAAGGCUCGGAGCUGCCGCGUCCCCCCCAGCAGCAGCAGCAGCAGCAGCAGCAGCAACAGCAGCAACAGCAGCAGCAGCAGCAGCAGCAGCAGCAGCAGCAGCGAGGUGUUUCCUCUGUCUUUCAACAGCAACAGCAACAGCACCCGCAGCAGCACCCGCAGCAGCAGCAGCAGCAGCAGCAGCAGCAGGAACCUAUUGGUAUCAGCAGGUUGCAGCGUUCCCUUUUCUUCUGUUUGCUGCUGGCGGUGUGGGGGGCCCCUCGCUGUUUGUAA